AUGAAUAAGGAAAUGAUCAUUCCAUUCUCAUGUCAUUCCUUCACACCAAUCAUGCCUAAUUCUCAAAAUUGUUUUCUUCUCCUCUCAACUCUAGCAGCGCAACAAUAUCUUCACCCCACCCAAAUCGCAAAUCACAAACCACAAUCUUCAUUCCUCCCGUCGUCCUCCGCCUUCGGUAGAGUGUUCUACGUCAGCCCAGUCCAGUUCCUCGACCUCGAGGUCGGCUCCGCCGCCUCUUUCUCGUGUGUUUUCUCUUUCGCCAUCGAUGGCUCGAGUUCUUGCUCGCCGGCGACGUAUUCGCAUUUCUUAUCACUUCGGAAGGCACAAAUUUCACUGGCCUCUACGAUGGCUACAUUGGCCUCCCGAUCGAGGGCUCUGACACAGUCACUUUAG